AUGGCCAAGAGAGUCUUACUGGUCGUGACCAACGUCGGGCACUACGAUGACCCAUCCCACCCGACCGGCUUGUGGCUGUCGGAGCUCACGCACGCCUGGCAAGUCUUCGAGGAGCAAGGAUUCGAACAGACCAUCGUCAGCCCGUUGGGCGGCCCCUGUCCCCUGGAGCCGAAGUCGCUGAAGUUCCCCAACUACGACAAGACUGCGAAAGCGUGGCGAGCCGAUCCCGUACGGAUGGCGCUGUUAGAGAACACUGCCAGCCCCGACCAGAUCAACUCUGCCGAAUUCGACGCUAUCUUCUUCACGGGCGGGCACGCGGUCAUGUACGACUUCCCCGACAGCGAGGGCCUGCAGCAGAUCACCCGAGAGAUCUUCGAACGGGGUGGCAUCGUCUCUUCGGUCUGCCACGGCUACUGCGGCUUGCUCAACACCAAGCUCUCUGACGGUUCCUACCUUGUCGCCGGGCGUAAGAUAACCGGGUUCGCCUGGCGAGAGGAGGUUCUUGCCCGUGUAAACAAGCUUGUACCCUAUAACUCCGAGGAAGAGUUGAAGAAGCGCGGCGCCCACUACAAGAAGGCCACACUGCCGUUUGUUUCCUACACCGUGGUCGACGGCAACCUGGUGACUGGGCAGAAUCCCGGGUCUGCUACGGACACCGCGAAGAAGGUCGUCGCCGCCCUCGGCCGGUCAUGA